AUGUCUUUGGCCAAAUCUGCUUCUAACAAACUUGACUGGGCAAAAGUCAUCUCCUCUCUACGUAUAUCAGGAUCUACUGCCACACAAUUAUCCAGUUUCAAGAAGAGAAACGACGAGGCACGUAGACAGCUAUUGGAGCUACAAAGCCAGCCCACCGAAGUAGACUUCAGUCAUUAUAGAUCCGUAUUGAAAAACAGUUCAGUCAUCGACAAAAUAGAGUCGUACGUUAAGCAUUACCAGCCGGUCAAAAUCAAUGCCUCCAAACAAUUGCAAGUGAUUGAGUCCUUCGAAAAGCACGCAAUGACCAACGCCAAGGAAACAGAAUCUCUGGUUUCCAAGGAAUUAAAGGAUUUGCAAACCACCCUAGAUAACAUUCAAUCAGCAAGACCUUUCGACGAGUUAACCGUCGAUGAUCUGGCAAAGAUCAAGCCUGAAAUCGACGCUAAGGUUGAAGAAAUGGUUAAGAAGGGUAAAUGGGACGUACCUGGUUACAAGGAAAGAUUUGGUAAUCUGAAUGUGAUGUAA